UAAACAUUGCGAUCUAAUCUAAUCGCGCAUGUUUACAUAAUACUUUUACUUUCGCAAAUCGGACUCGUUUUUUUCUUUCUUCCUCCCUAAUCCUCGUUCGAUCCACGUUCGCAAUCGGCGGCGCAGACGCAAAAGCAAGCCAGCAUGCUCUCCAAGGCACGGGUUCUAUUGUCCCGCACAUUGGUCCACCAUGGAUCGGUGGUGAAAGUGCUCGGCCCGCAACACUACCGAUCCGUGCACGUUUCCGAAGCGAAUGUGCUGGCGACGGAAGUCAAUCGCCAGUCAGCAGAAUUUAAGGAAAACUAUGGACAAAUGAGCGAACUGGUCGGCAACCUGAAACGUGUCACCGAAAGUGUGCUUGCGGGCGGUGGACCGGAAGCGAUCAAAAGGCACACGUCGAAAGGGAAACUGCUGGCGCGCGAUCGGAUCAAUCGUCUCGUCGAUCCCGGCUCUCCGUUUCUCGAGCUGUCUGCGCUGGCCGCGCACGAAAUGUACGGCAAGGAUGUCGUCAAUUCGGCCGGCAUUGUAACCGGCAUCGGAAGGGUGCAGGGUGUGGAGUGCGUGAUCGUGGCGAACGAUGCCACCGUGAAGGGUGGCACGUACUAUCCGAUCACGGUGAAGAAGCAUCUGCGAGCGCAAGAGAUCGCCCAGGAGAACAAUCUGCCCUGCAUUUACUUGGUCGAUUCCGGUGGCGCCAACUUGCCCCGCCAGGCGGACGUGUUCCCGGACAAGAUGCAUUUCGGACGGAUUUUUUACAACCAGGCGAAUAUGUCCGCUCGUGGCAUCCCGCAGAUCGCGGUCGUCAUGGGCAGCUGUACGGCCGGCGGUGCGUACGUGCCAGCGAUGGCCGAUGAAAGCAUCAUCGUGAAGCGACAGGGAACGAUCUUUCUGGCCGGUCCGCCACUGGUGAAGGCUGCCACCGGGGAGGUAGUGUCGGCGGAAGAUCUUGGCGGAGCGGAUCUCCACUGUCGCACGUCCGGCGUGACCGAUCACUACGCGGUGGACGAUGAGCACGCGCUGUACCUUGCGCGCCAGGUCGUGAUGAACCUGAACCGUCCGGGCAGUGCGAAUUACAACGAGCUGGCCGGCAGCAGCACGGCGACAAUGAUGGCACGGGAUGGGCUUACGUUUGGAACGGAGCCAGAACCACCACGCUAUCCGGCGUCCGACCUGUACGGCAUCGUUGGCUCGAACCUCACGAAAACGUUCGACGUGCGGGAGGUCAUUGCCCGCAUCGUCGACGGUAGCCGCUUUACCGAGUUCAAGAAGUUUUACGGCGAAACGAUCGUGUGCGGGUAUGCCCGGCUGUACGGGCAGCUGGUCGGCAUCGUCGGCAACAACGGUGUGCUGUUUUCGGAGAGUGCCCUCAAGGGAGCGCACUUCAUCCAGCUGUGCGCCCAGAAGCGCAUUCCGCUGCUGUUCCUGCAGAACAUUACCGGGUUCAUGGUGGGCCGCGAUGCGGAGGCCGGCGGUAUCGCGAAGAACGGUGCCAAGAUGGUGACGGCCGUUGCCUGUGCCAACGUUCCGAAGCUAACGCUCAUCAUCGGUGGUUCGUACGGUGCCGGCAACUACGGCAUGUGCGGACGUGCGUAUUCGCCCCGUUUCCUGUACAUGUGGCCCAACAGUCGCAUCUCGGUGAUGGGCGGAUCGCAAGCGGCCGGUGUGCUGGCACAGAUCACCGAGGAGCAGUACCGCCGUACGGGUCGCGAAUGGACGGAAGAGAUCGGUAACCGUAUCAAGGCACCGAUCGUGCAGCAGUUCGAAGCGGAAGGUUCGCCGUACUACAGCACCGCCCGGCUGUGGGACGAUGGCAUCAUCGAUCCGGUCGAUACACGGCGCGUGCUGGGGCUUAGCCUGCAGGCCGCCCUCAAUCAACCGAUCGGCGAAACGCGCUUCGGUGUCUUCCGGAUGUAAUCGGGGCAGUGCAGUAGUGCGGGGCCAAAACACCAGUUUUGCAUUUAUCUUUAGCGUGUAAGCUCAUCAAACAGAAACGACUGCCAGCGAGAUGGCCAGAGCAAGGGAGUUGUAGCCAGAACAUUCCACACCAGAACAUUGCAUUUAAUGCAUUACGUGCGACUAUUCCGUAAUGGCAAAGAUGGCACCUAGUGUCUCCGAUACAAAGAAAGUUGUGUAAAGUGUGCCUUAUCUUCCGCAAAUAAAUAUCCAAGAUAUUAGAACUGUGA